AAAGGGAGCAGUUGAGACCUCGGAGAAGAAACGAAAAAGAACCGACUGCGAAACUCCGAACUAAAGGGUCCACAAACGUGUACUUUCUUCUGAGAAGAAUUAUAUUAAUAUAUUUUUGUAUUUCGUACGACAAGUAAUCUACCUCAAACACUUGAAGUGAUCUGUUUUUGUUCUUGAAGUCGUCAACCCUCUUCCUGUUUACAUUUUAUAUUUUUUUACCGCAGGGCCUUUGUUUUUGCACAAUCAAAAAGAGCUAUGUCUGAACUUCCUCAGGUGUUCCUCAGCUGAGAAGGAGUGACUAAUGCUCCUCAGCACCUUUACCAAGAUCUCAGUGAGCAGCUCUCGCAGCUGAUGACCAAAGAUCCCGGUUCUCGCCCACUGCCAGCAGGACUGUCCAGCCUUGCACCUCUGCCCAGGACACCAUCAUGUUCCAGAGGUUUACCAGCAUCUUGUUUGGAGACUCCCUGGAGGAGGGCAGUCGAUGCCCUGCAGAUCCAGACUUCAACGAGAAGGAGGAAGAUGAUGAAUGGAUCCUGGUUGAUUAUCUAGCGAAGGCCUGCUCCAGUGCAUGUGGAGAGGAUUUUGUGGCUGUGAGCUCUGACGAUGUCGCUCCCCUGGACUCUCCUGUGCGCUACUCCUCCUGCUCAUCUCUGGACUCUGCGGCGGAUAUUGACGGCAAGGACAACAGCUUCCUGUGUCUGGAGGCAACAUAUGGGCUGGAAGAGAGCUGGUUUAUCACGCCUCCACCUUGUUUCAUGGCUGGGGGCAGAGCGCCAGUUCUGCUGGAGACCAGUCCUCUGGAGAACCUACUGAUCGAGCACCCCAGCAUGUCUGUGUACGCUGUUCACAGCCCCCUUCAAUGGCCUGCUAAGGACGGCACCCGUGAGUCAUCAAUUUUAAGAUCUGAAGUUCAGCGCAGGCCAAGUCACCCCUCUGGCUGCUAUGCAGCCGCCAUCGUCGCUGCCCACGCAGGCUUCGUGGAGCAGACAAAGAGCGGCCGACUGGCCCAACACAUCCGUGACCAUGUGGAGCGUCAGCAACUGUCCCGCAACGGCCUCCGUCGCCUCAACCUGCUGCGCAAUGGCAGAGCCAGACAGGCCAAAGCCACUGGAGGCUACCUUCACCAGCCGGGACAGAGACAGUACAACUACUGAGGCAGCCCUCAUUGCACUCCCCCAUCCUACCCUGUACGCAGCUCCCUCUCCACCUCCACACUGGGAGAAGUAGUAAUUUCACCAGAAGGAUUGGAGUCCUUUAGAAUCAAUGCCAUAGGUCACUUUACUUCACGGCAGGUUCCGCUCCACUUGAAUGUGACUGCAUGAUGUUCUGUCUUAUGUUAUGUGUCACAAGGGUUGAACUGUGUUCAGUUACCAAGUGUUUGUCUGCCGUCAAAGGCACUUUCCUAAGCAGUGCUCAGGUGUGUUCCGUAGCACGUAUUGGCAGCUUGACACAUUUGUUGCCUUUUAAGUUCUUUUCGCUGCUUUAGAGACACAGCUUCUUGAAAGCCAUACUGAGUUCAAUCACAUCAAUGACUAAAUCAUCUGCAGCAAUUUUCUGGUUAGAAAGGAACCUGCCUGUGAUUCUGUAGUUCAGAUGCUUUUUUCCUUUUCAUUUUUUUCUCUUAAAAAAAAAAUAAUUGUAAGAUAUACUAGGUUUAUUAUCACUAAAAGCUUUGUUUCCAUAGUAGGUUUCAAAAUAUGUAAAUAUAUAUAUAAAAAACUUCAAAAAUAUUUUCAAAAGAAAACAAUAUUGAAUAUAUUACAUAUCAGUAUGAAGUUGAUACGAGUGUAUGUUAUCUGCAUAGAUAUGUACGUAAGCAGCGUUUUUUCCCCCCUACUUUAGUGACUGAUUUGAUGUAUGACUGUGUAGUGAUAGUUUUCCAACAGGUGAAAAAGAAACAAACAAACAAAAAAAUCAAGUGUUUUAAUGUUGUUUUUCAUGUUUGCUCUAUAUCUGCAGUACAUGUCUCAGGGUCAUCGCUGUUCACCUUUGCUCUUGCAAGAAUGCAGAUUAAUUUCAGAAGAUAAAUUGUCUAAAUUGUGUGAAUACUGGAGAACCUCUAACUUUGUCAAUGUGUAUGUUAUCUUGUGGAAAUACUUGUAAUUCUUGUAAAUCUUUAACAAAACAUGUGUCUAACAAUUUUGAAUGGAAGCAAAACACUUGCUCGUCCAAGGACUGUGAAAACGAAAUGUAUCUUUAUUGACAGUUAAAACCUUUGACGACGGAGUGAAACUGUUAGCAUUUUAAUUCAGAAUUUAAGAUUUUGUUAUAUGCCUUUUUUAUCAUGUUUUUUUUUUUUUUUUUGACAAAUUACAAGUUGUAUUUGCUGAACGAAAUAUUUAAAGUAGCAACAAUCUUUCUUUGUAGUUUAUGUUUCUCAUUUUCUAUUCCUUUAUAGCCUGGUGUUGUACAUUUCCGGUGACACUGCCAAGGUAAAUGUCUCCCCUUAAUGAAUGAGUUCAGAAAUUCUGACAUUCAGCAGAAUACAUAUGCGCAACUCAAGAAAAUGUCUACAACUCUGUCAACACAAGCAGUGUGUUAUAUGUACCUUAGUAUGAAAAGUAUGAGGACAUGCAAAAUUUCUUUAAGUGACUCUACUGCCCCUAAGGGUUAUCAGACCUUCGCUUCUUUUGCUUGCUGUAGUCUGUCUUCACCAGUAUGUUGCAUUUUCUGACAUUUUCUCUGUGGACAAAGGGAAUGGAAUGUAUGGAUCUCUUCAUUUUCCACGAGUUAUACUGGAGGGGCCCCCUUUCCUUAUGAACCUGAUAUUUGGUAUUCAUAACAGGGAUUUAAUUUAGCCUUGAAUUGAAUUUGGGGAUCAUGUGCCUUCCAGGUGAACAGUAUGACAAUGCAUCCGGAAAGAACUUGAAAUUUGUCCAAAGGGACACAAACAAAUGUAACUUACUAUGCACAGAGGAUUAACUUGUCUCUGUGAGCCACUUGCUCUGUCAACUUUUUACACAAAUGUAGCAAAUGUUUUAUGUGUUUAAUGUGUGAAGUAUAUUUUUCUGUGGCAUUGCUAAGGUUUGUUAAGGUUUCUUUAUUUUAUUUUUUACUGGAAUAAUACAGCACUUUGCCAAAAGUGUAGGGUUUUAGCAUUGUUUAUUUAUCUUUAUCUUGAAUGGAUGCGUUUUUGGAUACAUGUCAUACACAAACUGUUUUAUAUGAGUAGUUUAAUUUGCAAAUAAGUUGUCAUUUCAUGUCUUGAAACCAGCUAUUUGUUAGUAUGUAUACUCUCUUCUCAAUAAAUGUUUAA